AUGGUCAACAAAGGUUGGGAGUCCAGAGUAGAUGUGGGAAAGUUCUUUUACACCUGGGUGCCUGAUGAGAAAUACAUCAUGCGUUUGUACGAUGAAGGCUUUCUGCACCCUGCCCUCACCGACUUUGAGAAAUACAUCUCUGAGUUCUAUGAGGUGCCGCUGGGAGAGUGGAUGUAUGGAUGGGAUUUGGAUCCCAUUGAGGACGUGAUUGACCUAGUGCAUUUCCUCGCCACCCAGCGGAAACUUGCCACCGACAAGAAUGAGAAGGAUGUUGUUGGGGAGAUCAAGAAGGAUGCGGGGGUCAAGGGAGAAGGUUCCUGGGGAUUCUGCAGUUCGUUUUCGGCAUCGGAAAAAAGGGCCGGAGCUUCAGAACCAAAACCAAAAGCCUACCGAGGCCUGGACUGUGAAAUGGGCACCUUUGACUCAGAAAGGGCCCUUGAGAACAUGAACCUGCCUGAAUUGAUCAACUACGCCAAGAACUAUGACAUGCAAGAAGGAAUCCCGGAUACCACGCCUGAACAUGUCCUUGCAACCAUAUGGGCCAUUAGUGACAUGUGGGACAAGUAUGGUGUCGACCAACCUGAUGACGUUGCCUGGUGGUUGACACAGGCUGCCUAUUUCAUGGAUGUCCCCAAGACUGAACAUUCGUGCGGUCAUCUACUCGAGAAGGACCUGCUUGAGGACAUUAGCCAGAGAAAGGUUAGGCCCAUUAAUCCACAUGCCCAGCGCCUGCUGGCAGCCCAAGCUCGGGAAGCCAAUCCAGCCAAGGCGAAAGCCAAAUCGAAGACCACACCUGCUGCAAAGGCCAAGUCAGCCACCAAAAAAAAGCAAGAGUUCAAGGGUGACAGUGGUGACGAUCAUCACACAGGUGCGGAACCCCCCAAAAAGAAAGCUAAGAAAUCUUCCGAUGGCGGGAACGAACCACCGCCAACCCGCACAGAGUAUUCCCGAGCAAAGAAGUCUUUCAUUGAUCAGAUCAAAGCGACCGAGGGAGACGUUUGGUCUCUCAGGGAGCUGCACAAGAGGUGGAAGGAAUCGGACGUGUUCAAAGGACUGAUCGAGGAGAUGGGGGACAAAGAGGCCCAUCGCCGCUUGCCGCCCAUUACUGAUGAGCAGCAGCUGCAUCUUCUAGAAGUCUUUGCUGGAGAAGCCAUUAUUGCCAGUGGAUGCCGCUUCUUUGAUCUGAAAGCGGAAUCAACAGAUGUCAAACCCUCAGUUUCCGAACUCUGGUAUGUGAUCCAAUUGCUCACAGGUCACGUGGAUCCACACACCGGGGAUGGUUCAGAAGUCGAGGUGAAACUUGUGGGUACUGCCCGGUGGUUGAAGGAGCUGGGUGCACCUUUGACACCUCUUCGAAAGCAACAGUUGAAGCGUAUCAAAAGUUUCUUGAAGUUACAAACUGUUCGAGUCUACACAUCUUCUUCGGGUGUACGGCGCUGUGCCGGAGGUAAAGAUCUCCGGGCUACUCAGAAAUACCCUGGUCAGUUGGGAUUGAAGGUAGGGGAGCUCUUGCAGAAACAGCUGGAGGAACAUCGCCAGCAGGCUUCCCUUAUGAGUGACGAGGGUAUGGAUUUUUGUGAUGACAGCUCGAGUGAUUCCGAUGAUAGUGGUUUAGAAUCACUUGUGAACGGUAAAACAAACCGUUCGGCCGUUCGGGGUGACCUUUCGCGCUGAAACCAAUCAGUGACUCAACUUCGGGUGAAAA